UUUCCUUCAAGUAUAAAUUAGAAGCUUAACAUACAAUUUUUCUAUAUACUACUCAAUCUCCAAGAAAACCCUUUUUCCAUCUCUUACAAAACCAAACACUAAUCUUGAUUAUAAUCUCAUCAUGGGACAUAAUAGAGAAGAAACUAACAAAAAGCCUCAAAAACUUGCCAUAGACAAUGGUCUCCAAAGAACAAUAUCUGAUAUCUCAUUUGAACUUAGCAAAGAAGUAGCAUUAGUAGUAUCUGAUCAUAAUAAUAUUGAGAAGAAUGUGCUUCCACCUAUUUCUGAAGUUGAAGAUGCAAAGUGUGAGUGUUGUGGUAUGUCUGAAGAAUGCACACUUGAAUAUGUUAAGAGAGUUAAGGAGAAAUAUUCAGGGAAGUUGAUUUGUGGUUUGUGUUCUGAGGCUGUGAAGGAAGAGAUGGAGAAGAAUGGAGGUAAGAAGUUAGAAGAAGCUUUAAAUGAGCAUAUGAAUGCAUGUUCUAAAUUUAAUAGACUUGGUAGGGCAUAUCCUGUGCUUUAUCAAGCUGAAGCUAUGAGAGAAAUAUUGAAAAAGAGUAGAGCUAAGUCUCUUAGUCCUAGAGAUACUCAAAAGAAAGGUGGGAUUGCUAGGAGUUCAAGUUGUAUUCCCGCUAUCACUAAAGAUAUUAAUACUCUUAAAAUUGUUGAUUGAGGAGAACGUUCGUUUGCUGAUACUAUUAUCACUAUUCGAUACAUGCAUUGUCAUAUUAGUUAUUUAUUAUAUCGUCAGUGAGUAUAACUUAUUUAGGAUUGUUUAUAAUGUAGAUCAACUAAGUUAGGGAGUUGAUGCUUCAUAUUAUAUAAAUAACUGUUUUUUUUCUUGCUAGAGUGUGGUAAUAAUUAUCCUAACCCCUAGGAUUCUUGUAUUUACUUCUUUAUAUGAAGUUCUUAACUUAAUCU